ACUUUUUUUAUCGCCUUAUAACAGGAUAUCUCACUGGCGCGAAAAACGCACUGUGUGGCUUUCUAUUACACAUUGUGGGGCGGAUCUUGUUCCUGUUGUUUGAGCCCCGGCUUUUUUCCCCCUGUUACUACUUAAAAUUAAAGCAAAAGUAUAGGUGUCGACGGAACAUCUCAUCUUUGUACCCAGCCACAACUCGGACAGCUUUUUAUCCGUCUGAUCUCCGCGCAUUGUGGACACUUUUGGCUGACGGCAGACUUUCAAUGCCCUGAAUUUCACUGCGUGUUUUUUGUGCAGAGAGCCGGUUGUACAGGACGUUCUUCAGAGGCGGCUGGUGUCAUUUGAUCAUUUCUGGGAAUAAACUCUAGAGGAUUUUUAUUAACUGGAAACAUGGAGUUCGAUUGUUACCAGCACUAUUUCUUCAACGAUUUCGACACAGAGGAGGAUUUUUACAAGUCUACCGCACCAAGCGAGGACAUAUGGAAAAAGUUCGAGCUGCUGCCCACCCCUCCAAUGUCUCCCACCCGGACUCUGAGCGGUGGUGUGCCGCAACUCUCACCGGGAGACAAGCUUAGCUGGCUGUCCAAAGUCCUGGGUCAGGACGAGGAGUGCGAAGGACAGUUCAUACCAGAUUCCGGGGAACUGUUCGGCAACCUCAGCUCCAUAAUCAUCCAGGACUGCAUGUGGAGUAGUUUCUCUGCCAGUAAGCAGCUGGAGAAGGUCAACGGGAAAGUGUCAGCUGCGGCACAGACCAGUGUCUCCCCCUUGGCCCAGAUCUCAGUGAGACCGAACAAGGCGCAGUGCGUCUCUCCCAGUGGCCCGCUCGCCACCUCAGCGACAGACUGCGUCGACCCCGCGGCUGUUCUCACCAUCCCGGCAAGCAGCUGCAGGAAGCCGGCGUCGUCUGGCUCCGAGUCUCGCUCUGAUUCCUCUGAUGAUGAGGAAAUCGAUGUGGUCACCGUGGAGAGCAAGCAGAACCUGAUGCGGCUGGUCAGAAAACCAGUGACCAUCACAGUCCGGGCUGACCCCUGCCCCAAACGCUUCCACAUGUCUGUCCACCGACAGCAGCACAACUACGCCGCCCGCUCCCCAGACAGUGAUCCAGAACCUGAGGAGGAAGACGACGACGACGACGAUGAUGAUGAGGAGGAGGAGGACGAGUAUGAGGAAGAGCCUCAAAGCAAGCGUUCCUGCACGGCAUCCAGUCAGCACGCAGGUUGUUCAGCUCGUGUCUCCCAGCCUGCCUCCCCCUCAGAGACCCCCCAAAACUCUGACGCAGAGGACACUGACCGCAGGCGGAAUCACAACUUCCUUGAGAGAAAGAGGAGAAAUGAUCUCCGGUCCCGUUUCCUCGCCCUGCGGGAUCAGGUCCCAGGUCUGGAGUCGGCCAAGACCCCAAAGGUGGCCAUCCUGACCCAUGCAACAGAGUACCUCGUGGAGCUGCACAUCAAGGAGAAACGGCAACUCCAGGAGAAGAAACGACUCAAAGUCCGCCAACAGCAGCUUUUCCGCAGAUUAUCUGAACUGAAGCGCUCUUGAGACACAUAAUUGAAAUAAACUGCCUCAUUCACAGUCAGGAACUUCUACUCUCAAGUUACCUGUCACUUUUUUGAAAAGUUUUUAUAUAACAACAUGCCUCAUGUAAAUAGCUGUUAAUUUUGUUUGGAGUACAUUCAUAUAGCUGUGGGCUUCCUAUGAAUUGACUUUGCUGGCCAAUGAACCUGACACGGGGAGGAACAGCUAGUGUGCUGUGUGUUUUUUCUUUCUUUCUUUGCAGUGUUUUUAGUUUUGAGCAGUCGGGUAAUGGAAUUGAUUUUAUAUCUAUGACUGAGAUAUUUCCUAGUAUGGUGUGAUGGGAACUCUGUUGUCAGAGAACCUUCAGGUUGUAUGGUUGAGAUGUCUUCAUUUUGUCAUUGCACACUUAUAAUGGAGUGAGGUGCGAACGCCUCUCUGUGUACAUAUGAGUGGAUGAGUCAGCUCCUGGUUUAUUUGUAUUGUAUGACUAAUUGUUUGAUGUACAAAUUGUUCUGUAAAUAAUAGUUUAUCGCUCCUGGUGAAGGAGACAGAAUCAAGAGUUAAGAGUUAAGUGAGCUUUGCUCCUCUUUAUGACAUGCCAGGCAUCGAUGAACCUCUAUUUUGUUAAGAAAAUAGGAAAAAUGGGCAAAAAAAAGAAGAAAAAAAAGAAUAAGUAGCACUGCUGUACUUUAUAUUCACACGUCACUUUGUGAUUUCAAUGCUUCUCCUGAUUUUGUUUGAUUUUUUUUUUUAAAGCAUGCUAACAACAACAGCAACAUUAAAUUUUUAUACCAUAUUUGCAUACAAGA